CACCAAUCCGCCCAUCUUGCACCGCACUCCCUCGUCCGUCGUCACCUGCCAGACCUGGACCUGACAUAACCCACCUAACUUUACCUACCUCGCUGUCCCAAGUCCCAAGUCCCAAGUCCACAAGUCCCAACCCCAUCUCCGCGACACGGCCUCAACCCUCGACGACCUCAACGCCCUCCCGUCUCCUUCGACACCUGUCGCCUCUCCUCCUGCUGCCGCCAUCGCCGCUGCUGCUAUCCGUCACCAUGUCGAGUAAUCGCAACUAUGAUUUCCUGAUCAAGCUGCUCCUGAUAGGCGACUCCGGCGUCGGCAAGUCGUGCUGUCUGCUGCGCUUCAGCGAAGACUCCUUCACCCCGUCCUUCAUCACCACCAUCGGCAUCGACUUCAAGAUCAGGACCAUUGAGCUCGAUGGAAAACGUGUCAAGCUGCAGAUCUGGGACACCGCCGGCCAGGAGCGAUUCCGCACCAUCACCACCGCCUACUAUCGCGGUGCCAUGGGCAUCCUCCUUGUAUACGACGUCACCGAUGAGCGCUCUUUCAACAACAUCCGCACCUGGUUCGCAAACGUAGAGCAGCACGCCACCGAGGGCGUCAACAAGAUCCUAAUCGGAAACAAGUGCGACUGGGAGGAGAAGCGUGUCGUCUCGGUCGAACAAGGCCAGGGCCUCGCCGACGAGCUCGGCAUCCCCUUCCUCGAGGUCUCCGCCAAAAGCAACAUCAAUAUCGACAAGGCCUUCUACAGUCUAGCUGCCGAUAUCAAGAAGCGCCUCAUCGACAACUCUAAGAACGAGCAACCUUCGGCGAGCGGCGUCAACGUCAACGAAAAGAGCGACGGCGGCGGUGGCAAGUGCUGUUAAACGUCCAAGGAAUCACAGCUUGCACCCGUCGUUAUCCCCUUGCUCUUUAUUUUUACUCAUUUUAGUUACAUUGGCACAUUGCGUGUAUCAGCCAGCGUGCCUGCGAGGAUCGCAGUGGAUCAGAGAGGAGGGAGAAGGCAAGAGAGAAGAAUGGGUGACGGAAGAGAGGA